AACAAGCAAAAUCCCAUCAAAAGACUGACGAAAACAAAGAUUAGUUUUUCUAAGGUGCUUCCAUCCAAACAAACACGCAACGAGUUAGGGUUUUUGGUUUCCCAAAUGUCCUUUUUGAAAGCAAAAAAUAAACGAAAAGGUUGUUAAGAAUAGUUUAAUAUUUAAGUGCUCUUUGCUUUCUUAAAGAAAGAUUUUAGGGUUUAAUACUGUGCAAGUGUGCAGAGGUUUUUGGGUCUCUGGAAGCUAAAGAUGUGUUUGUUUGGCUUAACAAAGGCCAAAACCUUUCUGGGUCCAUUGUAUUUAUUGCAUUGCAGCUAAGAUUUGAUGACCCAUUUGCUUCAUUCUUAGUGGGUUUGUUUGUGUGCCAGAGUGGUCUGAGCUCUGCCAUACACUGUACUGCACAAAAGGCCUUUUCCACCUCUACCCAGAUCUUAAAGUUUCAGAUUGUUCAAAGUUUGAAAUCUGUUGCAAGAGUGAGUCUUUGUUUGCUGCAGAGCUUGAAUCUUUGGAGGGGACUGUUUUCACUGAGCCACAUUGUUCAUAUAGAAGGGGCUUGGUGAGAAAAUGCUCAACCAUUCAAGGUCUGAUCUCUGAAGGUGACUCUGUUUGUUUAGUUUGUUUUCACUCAUUUAUUGCUUGGACUCAGUUUGUGUAUCUGGAAAGCAUUCCUUGUUGAAGAACUGUUUCUCAUUUUGUGUUCUGUUAGGGUUUUCACUUCUCUACCGUUUAGUACUGGUAGAUGAACUCUGUGAGUUCUGUGGUUGAGUAUGAACUCUAUUAGGGUUUUCAUUUGUUGAAGAAAAUGUUGUUGGGUUGUGCAUUAGGCUGUUGAAUGGUCUGUAAACCACUUGGGUUUUCUUUGAAUUUCUUGAUUUGAAGGCUUGAGAGAUCAUUUUGGUUUUUCAUACUGGACUUAUAUCUUACUUGGGUGAAAGUUGAAAUCAUCUUUUGGGGUUGAAAUGAAGCUCUUUAGGGUUUUGAUGGUAUCAUUACUUUUUGUCUGUGCCAUGGGGCAGCUUCCUUCUCAGGACAUUUUGGCACUGCUUGAAUUCAAGAAGGGAAUCAAGCAUGACCCAACAGGUUAUGUGCUUAAUUCUUGGAAUGAUGAGUCCAUUGACUUCAAUGGCUGCCCUUCCUCUUGGAAUGGGAUUGUCUGCAAUGGCGGCAACGUUGCUGGAGUUGUCCUUGAUGGCCUGGGUUUAUCUGCUGAUGCAGAUUUGAGUGUAUUUUCAAACCUCACGAUGCUCGUGAAGCUUUCGAUGCCAAACAACUCGAUAACAGGCAAAAUGCCAAGCAAUAUAGGUGACUUCCAAACCCUUGAGUAUCUGGAUUUGUCAAACAAUCUAUUCUUCUCAUCUUUACCAUUGGAGAUUGGUAAGUUAGGGAGCUUAAAGAACCUCUCAUUGGCCGGUAACAACUUCUCCGGCUCUAUUCCGGAUUCAAUUUCAGGGAUUACCUCAAUCGAGUCCUUAGACUUGAGUUGCAACUCAUUUUCCGGUUCACUACCAUCUUCAUUAAGAAAAUUGAACGGUUUGGUAUCUCUCAAUCUAUCUCUUAAUGGGUUCACAAAGAAUAUCCCAAAAGGGUUUGAGCUAAUGCCUAAUCUUGAGGUUCUUGAUUUGCAUGGAAAUAUGCUUGAAGGUAACCUAGAUGGGCAAUUCUUGCUUCUAACUAUGGCGGUUCAUGUUGAUUUUAGUGGGAAUAACCUAGUGACUUCAACUUCAUCAAAGCAGAAUUUUAUACCUGGUGUAGCGGAUACUAUUCAGUAUUUAAAUCUUAGCCACAAUCAGCUUACAGGGUCUCUAGUAAAUGGGAACGAGGCACAAAUAUUUGGGAACUUGAAAGUGUUGGAUUUGAGCUACAAUCAACUGUCUGGGGAGUUACCAGGAUUUAAUUUUGUUUAUGACCUUCAGGUUCUCAAGCUUAGCAACAACAGAUUUUCUGGUUUUGUUCCUAAUGGACUUCUGAAAGGAGAUUCCUUGGUUCUAACUGAAUUGGAUCUGAGUGGCAACAACCUCUCAGGGCCAAUAAGUAUGAUUACAUCAACAACUUUGAACAUACUUAAUCUCUCCUCAAACGGGCUUUCUGGUGAUCUUCCAUUGCUAACUGGAAGCUGUGCAGUACUUGAUCUGUCAAGGAACCAAUUUGGAGGAAAUUUAUCCCGGUUGGUAAAAUGGGCAAACGUUGAAAUCCUCGAUCUUAGCCAGAACAAUUUGACAGGGUCAAUCCCUGAGCUGACUUCUCAAUUUCUGCGUUUAAAUUACCUCAACCUCUCUCACAAUUUUCUUAGUAGUUCACUGCCAAAAGUCGUUACUCAGUUUCCUAAACUUACAGUCCUUGAUGUUAGUUUCAACCAGUUAGAUGGACCUUUCCUAACUGCCUUGCUAACAUCAACGACUUUGCAAGAACUUCAUCUUGAAAACAAUUUUCUUUCUGGAAGUAUCGAGUUCUCUCCUUCCCCAUUUGGGACCAACCUUGAAGUUCUUGAUCUUUCUCAUAACCAGCUUACUGGCUAUUUUCCUGAUGGAUUUGGGUCUUUAACUGGACUUAAAGUGCUCAGUCUUGCAAAGAACAAUUUGUCUGGUUCUCUACCAACUUCCAUGGCUAACUUGACUUUGCUAAGUUCAUUAGAUAUCUCCCAGAAUCAUUUCACGGGCGUGUUGCCAAGUAACUUGUCAAACAGUCUUGAAAGCUUCAAUGCAUCAUACAACGAUCUAACUGGGGUUGUCCCGGAAAAUCUGAGAAAAUUUCCAUUAUCGUCUUUCUUCCCUGGAAAUUCCAGAUUGCAAUAUCCAAACCCUCCUCCCGGAUCGGGCCAAGUUCCCUCUGGAAAUCCCAACAGGAAACCUAUCAAAAAUAUAGUCAAAGUGGUAGUGAUUGUUGUAUGUGUGGUUGCUGUGGUUAUUUUGAUUCUGCUUGCUAUCUUUAUACAUUACACCCGCAUAUCAAAGCGACCUCUUCCACAACGUGUUACGAGCAAAGACAUCAGCAGGCGGACCUCAUCAAAUCCUUCGGGCGUUAGCGGAAGGGACAGUGCUGGUUUAGUUGUUUCGGCUAAGGAUCUUAUGACUUCACGGAAAGGAUCCUCGUCGGAGAUAAUUAGUGCAGAUGAGAAAAUAACUGGCUUCUCUCCAUCGAAGAACAGCCAUUUCUCUUGGUCACCUGAGUCUGGGGAGUCAUAUCCUGAUGAAAGUUUGGCGAGGCUCGAUGUUAGGUCUCCUGAUAGAUUGGCCGGUGAGCUACAUUUUCUUGACGAUACAAUUACUUUAUCGCCCGAGGAAUUAUCGAGGGCCCCGGCUGAAGUACUUGGGAGGAGCAGCCAUGGGACUUCUUACAGGGCAACACUUGAUAAUGGGAUGUUUUUGACUGUAAAGUGGUUAAGAGAAGGGGUUGCGAAGCAGAGAAAGGAUUUUGCAAAGGAAGCUAAAAAAUUUGCAAAUAUCAGGCAUCCGAAUGUGGUGGGUUUGAGAGGCUACUAUUGGGGACCCACACAGCAUGAGAAGCUCAUUCUGUCGGAUUAUAUCUCACCCGGAAGUCUUGCGAGCUUUCUCUAUGAUCGACCAGGAAGAAAGGGUCCACCGCUAUCCUGGGCGCAAAGGCUCAAAAUAGCUGUUGACGUUGCACGUGGCCUGAACUAUCUCCAUUUUGACCGUGCUGUUCCACACGGAAACAUCAAAGCAACCAACAUACUCUUAGAUGGGCCCGACCUCAAUGCUCGUGUCGCUGAUUACUGCCUUCACCGCCUCAUGACCCAAGCCGGCACCAUUGAGCAAAUCCUCGAUGCCGGGGUGUUGGGCUAUCGUGCACCAGAACUAGCUUCUUCCAAGAAGCCACUUCCCUCCUUCAAGUCAGACGUGUAUGCCUUUGGAGUCAUUUUGUUGGAGCUCUUAACCGGAAAAUGUGCCGGCGACGUGGUUUCUGGUGAAGAUGGAGGCGUUGAUUUGUCAGAUUGGGUGCGGUUGAAGGUAACUGAAGGUCGCGGGUCAGAAUGUUUCGAUGCGGUGUUGUUGCCGGAGAUGGGGAAUCCGGCUGCGGAUAAGGGAAUGAAAGAGGUCCUCGGAAUCGCUUUACGAUGCAUAAGAUCGGUUUCGGAGAGGCCAGGUAUCAAGACUAUAUAUGAAGAUCUUUCAUCUAUAUGAUUUGAUUUUCUUAGCUUGAUUUUGUGUGCCUUUUUUUAGAUUUUAUGUGGGAAUCAAAUAGCUCAUUGGCCUCCCCUUUUUUUGAGUCAUUUUCAGUUAGGCAAAUAGUGUGUUAAAGCUAAUUUUGUUAACAAUUGUUGUAAAGUUUGGUGGGCUUCAUUACUGUGUGUACACACAGAUCUUCCCUUCCAUGGUGAGCUAUAUAAUCACUAAUUUGCAA